UGACGGUCAAUUUUCGCUUUUGUCACGGAUUGGUCACGUGUCUUGAAGUUGAAACCGAAAAACGCAGCAUAAUGGUCGGCCGAAAUUUCCUGGUUGCUGCAGUUUUUGUUCCUCUUGUUUGUUUCUUACUUUUCAAAUUCCAGGAUGGUGAUUUUAUAUUGAUGAUCUAUGAGAAGAUCGGUCAAGAUCCAGCGGUUGCCUUGCGAGGAAAAGUGGUCUGGAUUACUGGCGCUUCAAGCGGUAUCGGUGAAUAUUUGGCUUAUGAACUGGUCAAAUAUGGCUGCAAAUUAGUACUAUCUGCGAGAAGGAAGGCAGAAUUAGAGAGAGUCAAGAAAAAUUGUGCAGCCAUUGCCAUGACUCAUGAUUCCUUGUUUAAAAAAGAUCAAGAUAUUCUUGUCCUUCCUUUGGACUCACUAAAAUUUGAUACACAUGAAAAACUGACACAAGAUGUCCUCAAGCACUUUGGAAAGAUUGACAUUCUGGUGAACAAUGCUGGUAGGUCACAGAGAUCAUUGGUGGAAAAAACAUCAUUACAGGUCGAUAGAGCACUUUUGGAUUUAAAUGUUGUUGGUCCCAUCUCUUUGACCAAAGCAGUUCUCCCGCAUAUGAUUGAACAUCAUGAGGGACAGAUUGUGGUGGUUAGCAGUGUUGUGGGAAAGAUCGGGAUACCUUUCAGGGCAACUUAUUCAGCCAGUAAACAUGCAUUGCAGGGCUACUUUGAUACUGCACGGCUGGAGCUGGCUGAGCACAACAUUCAAGUACAGACUGUUCUGCCAGGACCUGUCAAGUCAAAUAUCAGUCGUUAUCUUUUCACCGAGAAUAUCAGUGAUGAGCGUAAAGAAAUGCCAAAUAUGUUGGACGAACAAAUGACUACUGAGCGCUGUGCAAAGUUAAUGGCAGUAGGCAUGGCAAACAAGUUGGAUGAAGUUUGGAUUUCAGAGAACCCAGCCCUACUAAUGGUCUAUUUAAACCAGUACUUGCCAAAUUUCUCUAGAUGGAUUUCUAAGAAGUUCCUAAUGGAAAGAUUGAGAAAACUUAUCAUGAACACGAAACCUUGAUCAGAAACCAACAAGUGAUAGACUUAGGAAAAUGGAAUGGUGAACAGUUGUG